AUGGGUACUUGUUCACGUCGUUUGAAUUUAUUACUGGGUGUAACUGGUAGUGUUGCAGCCAUUAAAGUAUCUGAAUUAGUUCAAUUAUUUAAUGAUAAGAAUUUUAAUAUUAUUAUUAUACCAACAAAAGCUUCUCAAUAUUUUAUGAAAUUAGAUGAACAAUCAAAUAUACAGCAUGGAAUAAUUAAUGAUUUAACUGCGAAUAAAAACGAAGUUAAAAAUCUCUAUUUUUUGGAUGAAGAUGAGUGGUUAACAUGGCAUGAACGAAAUGAUCCUAUAUUACACAUUGAACUGAGAAAUUGGGCGGAUAUCUGUCUAAUAGCACCAUUAGAUGCUAAUACUUUAGCAAAAUUAUCUAAUGGUUUAUGUGAUAAUCUUUUGACAAAUGUUGUUCGAGCAUGGGAUAUUAGAAAUAAAUUAUUAUUUCUAGCACCAGCCAUGAAUACAUACAUGUACGAACAUCCUCUAACUAGAAAACAAUUGGAUAUUUUGAAAACAUUUGGAUAUAUAGAAAUUGAAUCUAUCGAGAAAACACUCAUGUGUGGACAAAAAGGUUUAGGGGCAAUGAGUAGUACACAAACAAUUGUUGAUACAAUUAUUAGUAGAUUAGCUGAGAGAACUUAA